AGUACUACUCUGACCUCAUCAAUCCCCCAGGGUACAACUCUGACCUCAUCAAUCACCCAGGGUACAACUCUGACCUCAUCAAUCCCCCAGGGUACAACUCUGACUCAACAAUUCCCCAGGGGUACAUCUCUGACCUCAUCAAUCCCCCAGAGUACUACUCUGACCUCAUCAAUCCCCCAGGGUACAACUCUGACCUCAUCAAACCCCCAGGGUACAUCUCUGACCUCAACAAUGCCCCAGAGUACUACUCUGACCUCAUCAAUGACCCAGGGUACAACUCUGACCUCAUCAAACCCCCAGGUCCCCCAGAGUACUACUCUGACCUCAACAAUGCCCCAGCGUACAACUCUGACCUCAUCAAUCCCCCAGGGUACAACUCUGACCUCAUCAAUCCCCCAGGGUACAACUCUGACCUCAUCAAUCCCCCAGGGUACAACUCUGACCUCAUCAAUCCCUCAGGGUACAACUUUGACCUCAUCAAUCCCCCAGCGUACAACUUUGACCUCAUCAAUCCCCCAGCGUACAACUCUGACCUCAUCAAUCCCUGG